CUUUCCAUUCUUAUCAGAAUCACGAAAAAUCACUCACUCUCCACAAAAAAAUGGCAGCAGCAAAACUCAUUUCAUCAUCAUCCACAAUCAACGCUUUAAAUCGUUUUCUACUUCCCCUUACUUUAAUCACAAUAUUCUUCUAUACCUCUUCAGUUCACUCAUUUACAGCAUUGGAAGGAUCAGCAGGAUUAACAGAAAAGGAGAUGGAUGAUAAAAGGGCUAAUAUUCCUGUUCGAAACCCUUAUUCAUGGAUGGCUUUGAUGGAGGGACCACAGCCACUAGAAAAACGUUCAGCCCUUCGACGACCCCAAAACCCUUAUUCAUGGAUGGCUGGUGGAGAACCAAACUCAGAAUGGACAGUAGAAGGCCUUCGACCAUUCUCUGCUGCUGCUAAACGAUUGGUUGUUGCUAGAGCUGGAAUUAGUCGAAAUCCUUAUUCUUGGACUAAUUUUUAAAUUUUUUUUUAAUUUUUUGUGUAAAUAGCAGGUGAGGCUGGUGAAGAGAAGACAUUUUGGACAGCGGAAAGGAACAAAAUUUUUAUAAUCA